AUUCAAACAAUUGCCUACUGUAACAUUUUCAUUUAACCGACCACAUGACAUUUGGAUUUCAUUUACUUAAAGCACCGUCAGUGAAACAUGAAUUGCCAGACAAUUCAUUGCAAUGAGGGAAAUGGAUGCAAAAAGAUUGCGAGGUAGACUUCAAGACUUUAAUUGUCAUAAUUCGGAUUAUUGAGGCAUCGCAUCAAAUUAAGAAUACAUUCAUUCAAAAUUCUCUCAACGAUUACAGGGAAACAUCCUCUAUAACAGCAUCAUCACACUCGUCUGGAGAACAAUUGAAUAAAGGAAAAUCAAACUUAAUUGUAACGAACAGAGGGUAUCAAAAAUUUGGCGCGUGGAGCCAAACGAAACUGUUAGAAUUCAUUACACGUAAAUUCAAGCGGUGCGUCGAACGUCAAUUGAAUAGGACACAAUACAUCGAUGAGACCGUAAUUGAGAGACGUGUGUGGGUCACUGUCCACAGUGGCUUGUAUUCUACACGUGUUUUAAAAAUGUUGCUAAAAAAAGACAUGUCUAUACACGCCAUUAUAAAAGCGAUGAAGCUCGGCCUUAUUAGCCUCAGUUCCUGUGAACUUUCUUACUUUAGACCGUUCAAUAUCGAUCCAUUCAUGCUCGAAUUUGAAGACACAUGUUCCCGCAAAUAUAAUCCUGAGUUAAUAUCAAAUUUGAGAGUUAUUGGUAUACGCGAACCAGACUGCUGGCACAUUCUUAUACACGGUGUAGACAUUCAGAAUGCAUGCACGCUUCGUCGUUUAUUGCUAAGUGGCGUCGACAUCCCCGGUAUCCUAAAUUGGCAGUCUCCGAUCAAUCAAUCGACGCCUAAAAUACUCUUGUUCUUAAAAAAUAUCGGAAUACAACCGGAAGUAAUACAAUUAGUGGAACAAUAUGGAAUUGACGAGGAGACCGAGCAAAUCUUGGUCGACAUUGGGCUCGACCAAAUGGAAGAAAAAUCCUCGCACGUACGGGAAAUAAUAUGCAAAUGUAGCUUAACUGCAUUAGAAUUAGAUACCAGUAAUGUAGACACAGUUCAAGGCGAGUCAAGCAGUGCUUCUACUGACUAUGAAAAACCACGUUACAUUGGAUACGAAUGCCAAUGUGGUCAUCCUGUGGGAAAAAUGACAGUAGAGGAAUUGACUGCACAACGGAAUGAUUAUUUAAGGCAAAAUGUUAUGGUGCCACUGGCAUGGGCGAUGGCAGAAAGUUUGAAAUACAAUCCAACGGACCUUCUACAUUACACGGCGCACAGUUUGCUGCGCUGGAAAUACAAUCUGAAUCAGCAGAAACAGGAGAGCGUCAGAGAAGCCAUUGCGAUGGCCACAGUGGCGAUGGAUCGGAAACUUAUCUCGGAGAAAAAUGAAGAACAGGAAGAGCUAAUCAAAAAUAGAUACGAGGAGGCUUUGAAGAAUACUCCUUGUCGGAGAUGCAAGGAGCAUCUGGAUUUUAUCAAAGGAUGUACCGAAUGCACAAAGGUCCCGGUGAAAAAAUCAGGGGAAUGCGAAUUUCCAGAAAUUUGCAGUUCAUGCAAAUUAGAACCGUCUCCCAAACCUUGUGCAUUUCCCGAAAUCUGUAGCUCUUGUAAACUCACCAGCGUACCAUCCAAAAAAUCUUACCGAUUUCCCGAGUGCAGCAGCACCUGUAAAAUUAUUGACAGUCCCUUAAAAGAAUGCAAAAGUUUUCAAUCGCCUCGACCAUGCUGCUCCAGCGAAGACGCCGGCAGUGCGGUGACGAAACUCGAAGAAUGCCGGUAUCCAGAGGUGUGCAGCACCUGUGGAAUGAUCGACAGUAUUUCGGGCGAAGAGAUGCUCUCAAAUGGUGAAGACUCGGUUUAAUAGAAAUUGCUUAAAAAAUUCGUUUAUUCGUAAUUUGCCAUGUACACUCGUCUUCGGUGUGGUAAAAACGGUGCUACGGCUGGUAUCCGUAUAAGAACGAUUUAUAAAACGGAAAGGAAUGGAUGCUCGAUAUCACGAGACACGCUCGGAGAAUAUGGUCGUGGCAGUGACGUGCUAGCGGCGGCGUCUCGUAAAAAAGUAUGAACAACUUACGUGGUACCCGAAAAUCGUUUCACGAUCGAUCGACAGAACUAUCAAAUAAAGUUACGAUAUAAAAAUUUCGAUUACAUUCACUAUGGGGACACGAACAGUGAAAUACAAACGCGUAUACGUAUGUAUGCUCUCGACGGUGUACGAUGCUUGUGUGUGUAUAUGUGUGUGUGUGUACAUGUCUGUAUAUACCGCAAUCACUUGUCAACAAUGUAUACCCUUUGCUAAGACUUUCUUUGUUGUUUCUGUAACUGCAAAGUAAUCCUUAGUUCAUAAGUAUGACCAACAAUGCCGGUGUGCUCGAGGAAGGACAGAAUGAAUUACAAAAAAAAAAUCUGUUGUAACGAUGUCAGUGUCGUUAAUACCGUUCGCGACUAUUACAAUGAAAAAUGUCAACCGUACAAAUCAGUGGAUACGGCGGGACUCGUCGCAGCAACAUUGUCGACCUCACGCGUAAAAAAACGAACGAUCUACGGCGAAAGAAGUACGUUUUCGUGGGACGCGGUUCCACCAGAUUAGAAAACUCCCAAAAUGAUGUAAACCCGCGUGAACGUCCACAAUGCAGCUGCGACAUUCCGCCUUGUCUUUGUAUACAAAAUAUAAAACUGAUUUUUGCAGAUUCGACGCUUGCGGUCCGCCACGAUUUUCUGCGAACAGAAAACGAUAAAAUGAAAGCGAUUCUCGAUUGGUGUCUUAAAUUAAAAAAAAUGUUCUCGGUCAGCGAGAACCGUAGUUACGGACCACAAGGUCUCAAUGGUUCAGGUACUGCUGCAAUGAAUUAACAAUGUUUUCGUUAGGACAAUGAUGAAAACGAAAGAUACACGAAUGGCGAGGUGCCUGUCUCGAUGAAAAUCACGUUAUUCCCAGCACUCUUCCUCAUACAUGUCAACUAUGUUUUCCAUUUCUGAUCGAAGAUGCAGAGUAUGUCAAUAAAAUAGCAACGUAUCAAAAUAUA